AGCUCAGACCGGUUUUCUGGAAAGUGCUUUGUCUCUCCGACUGAAUCCUGGGAAAGGUCAUGUGUGGACCUAGUGAUGUCAUGAGAUCACAAACUGACUCAGCUCUUUUGCAUCAGAUAUGUGUGUCUGUCUUGCAGAGCACCAUAAUGACGGAGGAAGCCUGUCGGACGCGGAGCCAGAAGCGAGCGCUGGAACGCGAGAGCAACCUGAACGACGUGGACAGUAAAAAGAUGAAGCUUUUGGGGGGGGCGGAGGCCGACGAGGAAGACGGGGACCUUAAGAUAAAGACUGACCCCACGUCAGCGAGAGUCCCGGGACUGUUAAAAGGAGGGGAAAUGAAAGCCACCAUCAAAGUGGAGGUGCAGACGGGGGACGAGCCGGUGGACAUGAGCACCUCGAAAAGCGACGCCAGUCGAGAGGAGAGAGUCCCGUCACCCGACGUAAUCGUCCUCUCGGACAACGAGCCAUCGAGCCCCAGGAUGAACGGGCUGACGAAAAUAGCGAUCAAAGAGACCAGCGCAGAAGUGUUGAUGAAAAGCAGCCCUGAAGAGCGGGAGCGAAUGAUCAAGCACCUGAAGGAAGAGCUGCGAUUAGAAGAAGCGAAACUGGUGCUGUUGAAAAAGCUCCGGCAGAGUCAGAUACAGAAGGAGGUGACGGCUCAGAAGCCUGCUGGCUCCUCAGGAAAUUCUGUGGCAACCCCUCCACCAUUGGUGCGGGGAACGCAGACCCUCACUUCCAGCAAGUCAAACCUCCUUCAGAAUUCUUCCCGAAUUCCUGGGACUGUUAUUCCUCCCCCGUUGAUCCGCGGCGGGCAGCAAGCCUCUUCGAAGCUGGGUUCUCAGCAAAACACGCAAAUAGUCAUGCCCCCUCUCGUCCGAGGGGCACAGCAAAUCCACAACAUUCGCCAACACUCCACCUCAGGGCCCCCUCCACUGCUCCUGGCUCCACGGGCCUCCGUCCCCAGCGUGCAGAUCCAGGGUCAGCGGAUCAUCCAGCAGGGCCUGAUCCGCGUCGCCAAUGUCCCCAAUGCAAGCCUGUUGGUCAACAUCCCGCAGGCCUCACCAACUUCCCUCAAAGGCACGGCGGUGACAUCGGCCCAGGCGAACGCUGUGGCCACCGCGACCAGCGUGGCCUCCAUCGUCAACUCCAAUGACUCCCCUGCCAGCCGGCAAGCGGCCGCCAAGCUGGCCCUGCGGAAGCAGCUGGAGAAGACCCUCCUGGAAAUCCCCCCGCCCAAACCUCCGGCACCCGAGAUGAACUUCCUGCCCAGCGCGGCCAACAACGAGUUCAUUUACCUGGUCGGGCUGGAGGAGGUGGUGCAGAACCUCCUCGAGAGUCAAGGCAAAGUGUCCGUAGCCCCCUCCUCGCAGGAGCCCUACACCUGUGUCCAGUGCAAGACAGACUUCACCUGCCGCUGGAGGGAAGAGAAGCGGGGGCUGAUCAUGUGCGAGACCUGCAUGUCCUCCAACCAGAAGAGGGCCCUGAAGGCCGAGCACACCACCCGCCUGAAGGCCGCCUUCGUCAAGGCCCUGCAGCAAGAGCAGGAGAUCGAGCAGCGGAUACUGCAGCAGGCCGCCUCCCCCGGGCAGACCAAGGCGGAUCAGCUCGCCCAGCAGCAUCACGCUCUCAAGCAGACCUCCAGCCAGCUGUCCCGAAGCACCAGCACCCCCCGUGGAGUCUUGCAUGCAUUUAGCCCGUCGCCCAAGUUGCAGAACGCGUCCGGCGUGGCCGUACUUGGUGGCAGGCAAGGUAAGCGUGCUCAGAGGCCCAUCGGGAAAGGCGGUGCUUGCACUUGGAAGAAGACUCUCACCGACGCAGGCGGGGCGCUCAAUUUCGUGAACCCUGGACUUGCCGUGCACAAAACAACUUCCUCGGCCUUGGACCGCCAGCGCGAGUACCUCCUGGAUAUGAUCCCGCCGCGAUCCAUCCCGCAGUCCACCACCUGGAAAUAACACAGGAGCCUCCGCCUCUAUGUGGGAGACUUCGACU